UGCGCGCUAAGGCGGUGGGCGGUCCCGGGCAGGUCCAGAAGCGGGGCUGCCUGUGCCAAGUUCCGGGGAACUAGCAGCUGCUGCCGCCGCUCCUCCGGAGCCUGCAGCAUGGGGCCCCUGGUGCGCACCGUGGAGCUCUUCUAUGACGUGCUGUCCCCCUACUCCUGGCUGGGCUUCGAGGUCCUGUGCCGGUAUCAGAAUAUCUGGAACAUCAGCCUGCAGUUGCGGCCCAGCCUCAUAGGAGGGAUCAUGAAAGACAGUGGAAACAAGCCUCCAGGUCUGCUUCCCCGCAAAGGACAAUACAUGGCAAAUGACAUAAAGCUCCUGAGACACCAUUUCCAGAUUCCCAUCCAGUUCCCCAAGGAUUUCUUUUCUGUGAUUAUUGAAAAAGGAAGUUUGUCUGCCAUGCGUUUCCUCACCGCGGUGAGCUUAGAGCAUCCAGAGAUGCUAGAGAAAGUGUCCCGGGAGCUGUGGAUGCGUGUCUGGUCAAGGGAUGAAGACAUCACCCAGCCCCAGAGCAUCCUGGCGGCUGCAGAGAAGGCUGGCAUGUCUGCAGAACAAGCCCAGGGGCUUCUGGAAAAGAUCUCAACACCAAAGGUGAAGAACCAGCUCAAGGAGACCACUGAGGCAGCCUGCAGAUACGGGGCCUUUGGGCUGCCCAUCACCGUGGCCCAUGUGGAUGGCCAAACCCACAUGAUAUUUGGCUCUGACCGGAUGGAGCUGCUGGCGUUCCUGCUGGGAGAGAAGUGGAUGGGCCCUGUGCCUCCAGCCGUGAAUGCCAGACUUUAAGAUUGCCCAGAGGAAGCAAACUCUUCGUAUAAAAACAGCAGGCCAUCUGCUGAACCCCAGCUCCACCAUAAGGCACUGGGACUUGGAUUUCUCUAUCUGAUAGAGGUAUUUUCUGUGGCCCUGGGAGCUGUCUAUCUUUCCCCUACCCCCAAGGACACCAGGAAGGGGUCCACCAUUAGCCAUGUGGCAACCUUUACUUCUAUGCCUCACAAGUGCCUUUCAGAGAGUCCCCACUCUGCUUUCCUACAAAAUAAACCUAAUGCCCUCAGGCAAAAUGUU